AUGUCGGCAGAGCAAAGCCAUCAGCAGCGGAAGCAGAGCCCUGCCCUGCCCCAUGCCCUGAGCAAGAUGGUUCCAGAUCCCACCCUAGAACCAGAACUGCUCCACAAACCUGAAGAAGACCAGGAACAUGACCCCCCAGAAACCAAAGAACCAGAAGAUCUGCUCCAGGGAGAGAAGGAGCCCCAAGAAAGGAAGGAGCCAUCUGACAAGACUCCAACAUCUGACAUGGACAAGGAAGAUAAUCCAGAGUCCAAGCAGGGACUUCCAUCACGAAAGGAGAAGGAAGGUCCACCCCAGACUCAACAGGAGCACAAGGAUACUCCAGCUUUGCCCCGCGCUCUGAGCCAAGAGUCCCUGAAGCCAACACAUCCUCCUCUCCCUUCUCCUAAAGAAGCUGAAGGCCACAUCUACACCCAACCUCCUCCUCCUGUGGAACAGCACCAGCACCAGCAGAAGAAGCAGCCAUCCCAGUGGCCCCCAAAGUUGCUACGUAACUUUCCCCCAGUAACUCCCAGUGACUUUGUCUCUGCUCCUGAUUUGGUGCACAUGGAGGAUGCCGCCCCAGGUCUUCCACUGAACUUCUCCCAUCGGUAUCGACGGUCCAGCCAAAAGGUGCCGUAUUAUGGAUACACGUCUGGCCGUCCGUUGCCACCCUUUGUCUCGAAAAGGCUACCCAGGUCUGGCUCACAAUACUACCCGUUCUAUGGGUCAAGAUAUCCUGCGUACAAAACCCUUCCACCACGUGGGAAAGCUCCUUGCGCUCAGCUCUACUCUCCUCCUGGUGUGACUGGUUAUCAACUGCGAGGUGCAAUGGUCUACCCAGAUCCACACACAGCCAGGUACUCGAAGCUAAACAAGAACCCGCCGCCGCCACACGCAGCUAUCUAUCAGAAACCUUUGCCAACCCAAUGUCCAUAUAGUGGCAUGACCAAAGGCCGACAUGGCCCCAUUAACAAGGGCUCGCUACCAUGUGUCACUGGUGCCCCUCUACCCCGUGUGACCAAAGGUCCGGUGCUGUAUCCCACCAACGUCUCUCAACCGUGCUUAAACAAGGCCCCUCUACCCCGUAUGACCAAAGGCCCCGUGCUGUACUCAAGCAAGGACCUAUUGCCACAUAUUCAUGACCCACCACCACGCGUGGCGAAGGGACCGCUACCACGGAUGACAAAAGGCCCUGUAUUCUACGCAACCGAAGACCCGCAACCAGGCCUAGGCAAUGCCCCACAAGCAAAUGUGACAAAGGGCACUCAGCCGCACCCGGCAAAGGGCACUCUUCCACGUGCUACCAAAGGGCCUCGCCUCGUUGUGACCAAAGUCCCCCGGUUCAGCGCACUGAGGGCCUCGCGGUACUUCCUGAAGAGGGCUUCGCGGCCCAACCUGGCGAGAGGCUCUCAGCCAAGCUUGGUCAAGGGCUCGCGGCCGUCCCUGGCAAAGGGCUCCAGGGUCUCUUUGACUAAAGGGUCCCAGCCCAGCCUGGCUCGGAACACCACAAACAUGGCGGCCUCAAAGAAGCUUCCCAAAAACGUCAAGAUCGCAAGCACUGGGAAGAAGUACUGCUCGGCCACCAAGUGGCCUUUCUGAAGGCGACAGGGAUGUGGGAGAAACUCGUUGG